GGAGAUUACUGUGUGUUUGAUCCUCUUUCCUUACAGCAGGAGCGGCAAAUCAGAGCACUAAUUUUAUUUUCCUUUUGAUGCAUAUUAUUUUGAGAUGUUGACGUGUUUUGAUUCUUCUUCUUAUUAGUUUUUUUUUAAAGCAAUGUGGGACGUAUAUUCAUUCAGCGAGGCUUCCUCUAAAAGCUUGGGAUCUGACUAGCCAUCAAAAAGGGAAUCCCGAAGCUUUUCCCUCGUCAUCAAAGCGAUUGUUUUUCUGCAAGAAGUGGUUUAUCUGUACAAGUUUCAGUCAUGGAGGGACUUGUGUAAAGGGAAUCCCACGUAAUCAGUUUCCGUUGAAUUGCUAUUUUUUUGUCUUCCUGGAGAAUUUCACAUCUUUGCCCUUCAAAUCAUGGCUGAGAAGAUUUCCUCCGGGAUGGCAAAAUCCACAUCACAGUCCACAACCUCCCUUCCACCCGAGCCCAUGGAAAUCAUCAGGACCAAGGCCUGCUCCCGGAGGGUCAGAAUCAACGUUGGAGGACUCAACCAUGAAGUCCUGUGGAGGACCUUGGACAGACUGCCUCGAACCAGAUUAGGAAAGCUGAGAGACUGCAACACCCAUGAAUCCUUAAUGGAGACCUGCGAUGAUUACAACUUGGACGAAAACGAGUAUUUCUUUGACCGGCACCCUGGGGCUUUUACAUCCAUUUUGAACUUUUACCGGACGGGGAAGUUACACAUGAUGGAGGAGAUGUGUGCCUUGUCUUUUGGGCAAGAGCUUGAAUACUGGGGCAUCGAUGAGAUCUACCUGGAAUCGUGCUGUCAGGCCAGGUAUCACCAGAAGAAAGAGCAGAUGAACGAAGAGCUGAAAAGAGAGGCAGAGUCAAUAAGAGUGAGGGAAGGGGACGAGUUUGAUAACAGCUGUUGUCCAGAUAAGACGAAGAAGCUAUGGGAUCUGUUGGAGAAGCCUAGCUCUUCAGUAGCUGCCAAGAUUUUGGCUAUAAUAUCCAUCCUGUUCAUCAUCCUGUCUACUAUUGCACUGUCCCUCAAUACGCUACCUGAACUUCAAGUAAUAGAUGAGUUUGGACAAUCCAAUGACAAUCCACAGCUAGCACACGUGGAAGCUGUCUGCAUUGCAUGGUUUACAAUGGAGUACCUCUUGCGUUUCAUGUCAUCGCCCAACAAGUGGAAGUUCUUUAAAGGACCCUUAAACGUAAUUGACUUGUUGGCUAUUUUGCCCUAUUAUGUCACAAUUUUCCUGACUGAGUCUAACAAGAGCGUGCUCCAGUUUCAGAACGUCAGGCGUGUUGUCCAGAUAUUUCGUAUCAUGAGGAUAUUGAGGAUUCUCAAACUAGCCAGGCACUCCACAGGACUCCAGUCUCUGGGAUUCACUCUCAGGCGGAGUUACAAUGAACUAGGCCUGCUGAUUUUGUUCUUGGCAAUGGGAAUAAUGAUAUUCUCAAGCUUGGUAUUCUUUGCUGAAAAGGAUGAGGAUGCUACCAAGUUUACCAGCAUACCUGCAUCAUUCUGGUGGGCUACCAUUACCAUGACAACUGUUGGCUAUGGUGAUAUUUAUCCCAAAACACUUCUAGGAAAAAUAGUUGGUGGGCUGUGUUGCAUUGCAGGGGUUUUAGUGAUAGCACUGCCUAUACCAAUCAUUGUGAACAACUUCUCAGAGUUCUACAAAGAACAAAAGAGACAAGAAAAGGCUGUCAAGAGGAGAGAAGCCCUUGAAAGGGCAAAGAGGAAUGGAAGUAUCAUCUCCAUGAACCUGAAAGAUGCUUUUGCUCGUAGCAUGGAACUGAUGGACAUUGUGGUGGAAAAAAAUGUAGACAAUAAAAAGUCUCAAGGCAACCACCUCUCACCAAGCAGAUGGAAUUUGACAAAGAGCACAUUGUCUGAGACCAGCUCCAACAAGUCCUUUGAAACAAAGUACCAGGAGGUUGUACAGCUUGGAUCACAAGAACACAUUAACAACCCUAAAGCCAACCCACAGCAUCUGAAUGUGCAGAACCUGGAGGAAAUGUACAACCAAAUGACUAAAACACAGUCAAAUCCUAACCUGAAUAUCCCUUGCACUGAUCAGCCUAACAAGCCAGCAGUAAAAGAGGAGGAACAUGAAAUGAAGGAGGUCCCAAGCCAGACUGAUCCAUUAUUAAUGGAUCACAGAGCAGUAGCAGUGACUGAUAUGAGGAGCAUAUCAAGCAUUGACAGCUUUGCUAGUUGUGCCACUGAUUUAACUGAAACGGAAAGGUCACCUCUUCCUCCAGAUACAACCGGUUUGUUACAGAUGAGGAUCCCUAGCAUCUUCUCUCCCCUGGAAGGGAUUCAACCUGUCCUUCAUGUUGAUGUGAAAGAGACCCAAGAUAUUAACGUGAAGGAGGGUAUGUAUGAAUUUGCUGUGGCAGAUAUCGUGCCUUGCAGUCAAGGUGGCAAUACAUUUUCACCAGGGCAAGGUUGCAGUGACUUUGACAGUGUUGUGGACAGCAUCAGAAGCUCUUUGAAAAGCAGUAACCCAAUAAAAACCAGAGAUCUCAAAGUGAAUUUUAUUGAAAAGCCAGGUAGCGCGCCACAGACACCACCGAGCACUGCCAGACCGUUGCCAGUCACAGUGAUGGAUCUAGCAACUUCUCCUCAACAUAUUAGCACCAUUCUUCAGGAAGACAAUUCACCUCAGGGAGACAGACCUUCACUCACUUCUGAUAUAUCGGCACUCCAGCAAGUUGCUUACAAGGAAUCACCCCAAUUUGCAAAGCAAGGUCGCUUUUUUUUCAACUCCAAAGGGAGGAAGAGCUGCAUCGAUGCAAACAGCGAGGAAGAAGAUGAAGACAAGGAUGUAAAGUGGCGCAACAACAGUGAGCAGGAAGUGGGACAGAAUUCUUCCAAAGAAAACCACAAGGAAGGUAAUCAUGUUGAAGACGUGACCAUUGUAGGAUCAUCUUCUCCUAAAACUACUGGGCAUAAUUGCACUCCAGGCAGUCUUCAUGCUGUAGGUGAAGGAAAAAAUGACAAUAACCAAAGUGGACUCAAAGUGGAAAACCACAUGUUUACACCAGAAAUUCAUAUAAGGCCUAGGGAUGGAGGUUUCUCACCCACAUGUGAAACCAGCAUGUGACUAUGGACAAGAACGAUAUGAACAGAUGAGCAGCAGAAAUGGAUAAGCCAGUUCAAAAUAACAAACGUGCACAAUAAUGUGGUGAAAGAAAGAUAUGUUUGCAUGGCAUAAUGAAUCCUUUUAAUUAAGUCACUGUAUAUCUCAAGGUAUAAGAGAAUGCUGUGUUUUUGCAGACAACUGGCUUGAGAACAGAGGGUAUAAAUAAAAGGCUUGAUUUAGCGCACAUGUAUUACAGUUUGGAGAAAUUCUUAAUUCUGGUGUAAAUGUUAUCCUUUUAUUCUUUUUUAUUGUUAGAAAAUUGAAGGAAAUGUAAAAAGUAUGACAAUUCUAAAAACGCAUGCAUUUAAAAAAAUAUAAUUCAAAGGUGCUUAGAGUUUGUGGAGGAUUGCAAAGGCAAUGCAAUAUGAGGUAGUGGAACAGAAUUCUUUGGUGCAGGUAUUUCUUUCAUAUAGUACUGUACGUGGUAUGGAGGAGUUUUACAUAACUUGCAUAUCAUUACUUUUUUUGGAAAAGCUUAUGUGUUCCAUAAAGAAGUUAUCAUUUGAGAUAAAUGUUUUCGUUUAAGAUAUACUUAUGUAUUAUAAGAAAUUGGGCCAGAUUCACUAGUCAUUUACUCAAGUGCAAAGUUUUCCCCAUUUCAUCCAAAAAAAGCAAGAAACAACUUGUGUUUUGGUAGGAUCUAAAUGUUAAAUUUAAAUGUUUUUCUUUUUUAGAGCAACAAGGAAUAAACUAUGCACAGGAAAAAAGAAAAAAAAAACUUUUAGUGAAUGUAACUCAUUGUGUUUUGGUUCGCAUUAUAGCAAUGUAGUUUCCACAUAGAUGUUUAAAUAUAAUUAGAUUUAAUGACCAGGAAUAGAUAGUAUGACAUCUUAUGUUACGGUUCUGUAUACAAUAUUCUGCACUAAUAGUUGCCUAAUACUAAUCUGAUAGGGAAAUUGAAGAUAUCACCAGUCACUGUUCACUAUUCACUAACAUUUGAACAACAUCAAGAAAGUAUUGGGCUGGUAGCGGAAAAAAAAACAGCCUACUGUAAACUCUAACCAGUACUGUAACUAAUUCAAUGGACAUUCCAUUUUCUUUUGUUCAGUACAUUAUAGGAAAAUCAAAUUUUCAAUAUAGUAUAUGGAAAUUUCAAAACAGUAUAUAGAAAAUGUAUUUACACACAAUUACAUGGAUAUUGGUAGCAAGUUCAACACACAGGCUUCCAUACUUAUAUUGGAAAAGUAAGUUAUAAUUAUAGGAACAUUUCUUUAUAUUAGUUACAUUUGUCUGGUCAUUAAGUCUUACACAGGUUGGCUAUAUGAUAUAUUUCUAUAUGUUCAGUUGUGUAAACUGACGGAAAAACUGCUUUUUCCACAAUUUCAAGUAUGUUUUUGUUACCAUUUCAGCUAAUUGUAUACAUCAUGUAAACAGCCAAGAAAUGUUUAAAAGUUUUACCUUACAGACUCUUUCAUGUAUAACCCUGACAUAACUCAUUGCAUCUUGUUAACAGACCCUUUUAUUAGUUUUGUUUUGUAUAUUUUGUAUGAUCCAUUCUUUUACAAGCUAGUUGAGUUUUGCAUUGAUAUUUUGCACAGAUGUUUGCAUUGGCAGGCUGUUGAUACAAAUGUGUUAUACAAUUUGUAGAGCCAUGUUAAUCUAAAUAUUAAUUUAUAUUAAGUUGAUAUUCAGAACCGUAAAUUGUAUGUUAUGUUUCCUCCCAGUCAUGGUAAAAUUAUGUGUGCAUUGGAAUCUAUGCAGGGAAACAAUGGAAGCUUUUGAAUUAUGGAAAACUACACAAGCAGUUUGAUUUCGAUUUUCAAAAGGUUUGAAAAAAGAAAAAAUGUUUUCAGUGUUUAAGAGAAGUUGAAACAAUGUCAAAGUGACCUAGUUGCAAAUACUCACAAAGCACUCUAACAACAACCUAUUCUAGCCACAUGGGGCUCAUGGGGCUACUUCACUAUUCAUCAUGUAUAAUGGCCACAUGUAACCUUAUAAAUAAAUUAUAUAAAUAAUGUAAUUUUCUAAAAAAAUAAAUAAAGAUAUAAACAUAGCCACAAUUUCCUGCCAAAUGGUGGUUGAAAUUAUAUGUGCCUUUUCAUAAAUUGUUAUUUAUGAGAAGGCUAAAAGCCUUUUAGGCUUUAUUCAUAUAGCGUUGUACAGGAAAUUCUACUUUUUUAUAGGUUGACAUCAUGUCUUUAAGAAAUAGAUACAAAAUAUUAAUGACUUCUUGGGUUGUGUAUAAAUCAGUUCAAUUGCACAUUUUGAAUAGCAUGAUUUGAUUUUUGCUUUUAAUUUACAGUAAAUGGUGACUAGUAUUCUUUUGUUGUUGAUAAAAUAACUAAUUAUUGUAUAAUAUCAAGACAAACAUAUUCGGUUGUGUAAACUGAUGGAAAAAUAAUAAAGAACUGUAUAUAGCCCACAAAAACUGAAUUUAGUUUACCUUGAUCCUUUUCAGACUGUUAGGGGACAGUUUGCUGUUUUAGAAAAGCGACCAUUUUUGUUCAACAGUUUGUUGUUUUUCAGUAUUUGGCCCAAAUGACCCGAAUAAAAGCAUAGUCAGUGAAAACAGUAUUCUGAUUUCCAGACUGAAUGGGGAUUUACUUUCUUUUAGCUUUUCUUUUUACAGGCCAUGGUGUCCAGUAAAUUCAGCUGCUCCGCCUAAAAAAAGAGCAGUACAUUAAAGAAUAACAGGUUUUGUUUUUUGUUUUUUUCCCAUAGUCUCUGGUUAACCAGACUUCCUUGCUGCAACACUGCCCUUAUCUCACUUGUCAGGACUGCUUUGCUAGCCUCCCUUGAUCUUGGUUACUAAUGGGUUGACUAAAACCCGACUAUGCUUGUGAUUUUUUUGAAUGUCAAAACUCUUUUUUGGAAAUGUCAUCCUUCACAAAUGGCUUCAACCAAGUUACACUAUUGCCACUUACUAUUAAAGGGUUUGUAUGUGUGUGCAUGAGUUUUUUAUUAAAAUCAUUUUUUGGAAGAAUUUA